AUGACUCUUCGAGAAGUCAACGGUGUACACCUCAAUGGCGAUGCCGCCAACGGUGUCACCAACGGCAGUGCCGCAGAUGUCGACCAAGACAAACACCUCCACCUCGACGCCGUGAUUGUCGGGGCUGGAUUCAGCGGUAUCUGCUCACUUCACCACCUGCGGAAACUCGGUCUCAAAGCCAAAAUCUUCGAACAGGGGAACGAGAUCGGCGGCGUGUGGCACUGGAAUCGAUAUCCCGGAGCGAGGGUGGAUUCGGAAUCACCACUGUACAUGUUCCACAUCCCCGAGCUGUGGAACAAGUUCAAGUACAAGGAGCGGUUUCCGGACGCCAAAGAGCUCCGCCGCUAUCUCAACUACGCGUCCGACACGCUGGAGUUGAAGAAGGACGUCUACUUCCACUCCAAGGUGAUCCACGCCCAGUUCAACAAAGCCACAGGUCGAUGGACCGUCAAGACGAACGCCGGCCACACGGCCACCGCAAAGUAUUUGGUCAUGUGUGUCGGGUUGCUACACAACUCUUACACCCCCGACAUAGCCGGCAUGGGUGAUUUCAGAGGCGACAUUUACCAUUCAUCCAACUGGCCGAAAGACUAUAGCGUCAAGGGAAAGAAAGUGGCCCUGAUCGGGGCCGGAGCGACUGCCGUCCAGAUCACCCAGGAAGUGGCCAAGGAGGCCGACCACCUGGACGUCUACAUCCGCAAGAUCAGCUUCUGCCUUCCCAUGCACCAGAGGGAGUAUCGGGAGGACGAAUACCUCCAGUACAAGGCAUAUUACCACUCGUUUUUCGCCGCGAGCAAGAAAUCUCGGGUCGGGUUUCCCGUUCAGGGUCCCAACUGCGGCGUCUUCGACGUCACUCCAGAGGAACGUGAAGAGCACUGGGAGCUAGGCUGGGCCAGUGGUGCAGCCAACUUCGGCCUCUCCCAGUACAACGACGUACUGAUAAACCCCGAAGCCAAUCGACUCGCCUACGAUUUCUGGGCCAAAAAGAUCCGGGCGAGGAUGACGGAUCCCAAGAAACGGGAUUUCAUGGCGCCCCUCGAACCGCCUUACUAUUACGGCACCUCUCGGUCGCCACUGGAAGGGGACUAUUACGAGUCCCUGGACCGACCCAACGUGGACAUCAUCGACGUGAGGAACCAGGGGUGGAGGUUUAACGAGACGGGCAUCACCACCGACGACGGCAUCAGUCGUGAGUAUGAUGUUGUCAUUCUGGCCACGGGAUUCGACAGUUUUACCGGCUCAUUUACCCACAUGGGCCUGAAGAAUGUCGACGGGGUCGACAUGAAAGAACUCUGGGAGGGCGGGAUCCACACAUACCUGGGCAUGUUUGCCCAUGGAUUCCCCAAUAUGUUCAUGAUCUGCGCACCGCAAGCACCCACGGCCUUCACCAACAACCCGACCCUGAUGGAAUGUCAAUGGGACCUACUCGAAGACGUGGUCCGCAAAAUGCAAGACGACAAGAUCAAAUACAUCGAACCGAUCCUCGAGGCCGAGGAGGGCUGGAGACACAAGGUGACGUCGGCGACAGAUGGUACCCUGUUCCCGUACACUCGGACGUGGUGGAAUGGGGGCAACAUCGCCGGCAAGAAGGUGGAGAACAUGACCUCAUGA